AUGUCUAAGGUUCUCACAAGAUCCAAUGUUCGCAACUUAAAGGCAAAUAGACCAACGAAAACACCAUCAACGUCUCAAAUGACAAAAGGAGCAUCAUCUUCUGCUAAUACGAGUGAUAUAAGUAUAAAAUGUGACUAUGAUUCUGAUGAUAAUCAGGAUAUGUGUAAUAAUAUUAUUGAUAACCUUAGAAAUAAACUCGCACAGCAGCAGGCCAUGAACGAAGACAUAAUGGAGAAAAACGCAAGUAUGUUGGAAGAAAUUAAAGAACUGAAACUAAAGCUAUCCAAUAAAAAUGAAAUAAUAAGUACUCUACAAAAAACUCUCGAUAAUUUAUCAGUGAACAAACAACUGUUUCAUACACAGACGCAAACCGAUAUAACUGAAGCUGGUAUAAAAUUCACGAGGAUAAAGUAG